AUGGUCUGGUGCAAGCCUUGCGAUCGGUGGUUCAGCAACGAAAGAAGCUACAACCAACACGUUGAGAAUAGCUCUGCGCAUCGCAACGAGGAAUCAUCUUACGAUGAAUAUUCUUCCAGCAACGGAGAACCCGAAUUCGAGUGCUAUGGCUGUUAUGAAUGUUUCUGGUCUGAAGACGCUCGCGAAAAUCAUCAUACUUCCGAUCACGAUGAUCGUUAUUGUACACCUUGCAAACGCAUGUUUAUAAACGCGAAUAAUUUAAGGCAGCAUCAACAUUCCAAAGUCCAUAUGGGCUGCUCGAUCAAGUGUCCCUUUUGCCCUACCCAUUACCCCACCGCCUCAGCACUUAUCAUCCACCUCGAAUCCGGCACUUGUACCUCUGGUAUGAACCGGCAAAAAAUAAAUGCUGAAAUUCGAAGUUUGGAUCGCAACCACAUAAUCACCACUCCUCAAAUCGAGUAUUAUACCUCCCCCUCAUCCUCGCCUAAUAUAGCUACCGAAAGCUCCUGGAAUGGACACUUCUAUGAAUGUUUUCUGUGCAGCAAGCAAUCCACUACACUUCGUGCAUUGAAUCAACAUUUGAGCAGCUCUGUUCAUGAGCAAAAGAUGUAUAGAUGUCCGGGCCCGAGAUGCGGGAUUGAAUUCAGGUUGUUGAGUGGAUUGGUACAACAUGUAGAGAGUGAGAGUUGUGGGGCCAUGAAAUUUACAACUGUGCAGAAGGGAGCUAAAAAUGGUAUUGAGAAGAUGGUGGGGAGGAUGAUUGAGAAUUAG